AUGGAGAUUAUAGCUUUAGCUGUACUACUAGUGGCUGUGGGACAGUCAUUCACAAAACCGCUUCCCACAGACGAGAGAGAGAGGUGGCUGUUGGCAGAGCGAUACCUCAGACGGUAUUACGGCAUGCAGCCCGGCCUGCUGGGAAAAUCCAAAUCCUCAGACGUGAUGGCCGAGAAGAUCCGUGUCAUGCAGUCAUUCUUCAAGCUGGAAAUCACUGGGAAGUUGGAUGAUGACACACUUGAGGUCAUGAACAAGGCGAGAUGUGGUGUCCUAGAUGUAGGAGAGUACAAUCUCUUCCCUCAGAAGCCCAAAUGGAAAAACACAGUUGUGACAUUCAGGAUAACAAACUACACUCCUGAUCUGAAGAAGGAGGAUGUGGAUAAAGCCAUUCAUAAUGCCCUGAGGACCUGGAGCCUUGUGACUCCUCUGAGGUUCAAGAGGUUGCGUGAAGGCAACGCCGACAUCAUGAUCAGCUUUGGGAGAGGAGAACAUGGAGAUCACAACCCUUUCGACGGGCCUGAUGGACUCCUCGCGCAUGCUUACCCACCAGGAUUAGGCAUUGGUGGGGACACACACUUCGAUGAGGAUGAAACGUGGACGAAAGACUCGCAUGCAUACAACCUGUUCUUAGUUGCGGCUCACGAAUUCGGCCACGCUCUCGGCAUGGCUCAUUCUAACGACCCUGGCUCGCUGAUGUUCCCGGUUUACUCAUACGCCAAAGGAUUCCCUCUGUCUGAAGAUGACAUCAAAGGCAUACAAGAACUCUACGGCCCCAACCCGGAUCAUGAGAAAUUUAAACCUAAACCCGAGGCUCCAAACAAAUGCGACCCCGAGUUAAGCAUCGAUGCCGUGACCGAGCUCCGUGGAGAGACGCUUAUUUUCAAAGACGGAUAUUUUUGGCGCUUGCACCCACAGUUCACUGAACCCGAACUCACGCUUAUUCAUUCCAUAUGGCCUCAACUCCCAAAGAAAAUAAAUGCGGCUUAUGAGAACCUUGAGAAGGAUCUGGUCAUCAUAUUCAGUGGUAUCAGAAUGUGGGCUCUCAACGGUUACACCCUGGUGGCAGGCUACCCAAAAUACAUCCACACGCUGGGACUCCCUAAAUCCAUACGCAAAAUCGACGCUGCGGUUCACAUCCGUGACACGGGCAAGACUCUGCUCUUCACUGACGAGGAGUACUGGAGUUACAAUGAACAGAGUGCCACCAUGGAUCAGGGAUACCCCAGGUCUAUAAAGGACGACUUCCCUGGGAUGCAAGAGAGAGACGGGGACGAGGUGGAUGAGGUGGACGCUGCCACCUAUAAAAAUGGAUACUUGUACCUGUACCAUGAGAACCUGCAGUAUGAGUACAGCUACAAUAGACGGAAAGUCACACGCAUCAUGAGAGCAAAUGAACUGCUGCACUGCUGAGCUCUUACAAUGCGCACGUCUCUCACAACCUUUACUUUAUUACUAACUUACAAACAACGCGGGUUUUUUUUUUUUUUAAUUUAUGAAUAUUUUUCAAAUACUGAGCUGGUUCAGUUAAAAACAAAGAUGCAGUAGAUCUGAUUAUUUGUGCAUGUGUUUAUAGUUUGGUGAGAUUGUACCUAAAAGCCUACAGAAAGGCUACAGAAAAAAGAAAGAAAAUUUUAUUUGUCACGUUUAUAUAUAUGACAUUUUGGCAGACGCCCCUAUCUAGAGCAACUUACAAAUAUCUCAUUCAUACAACUGAGCAGCCUUGAGCUUUAAGGAGGGCCCUGCUUGGUGUGGCUGGGAUUUGAACUCAUGACCUUUAGAUCCAGUGCAUUAACAUUUAAGCUACCAUUUUACAGCACUGUGAAAUUAUUUCUCCACUUAUCUCAGCUUGUUAGGAAACCGGGGUCAGAGUGCAGGGUCUGCCAUGGUACAGUACCCAUAAAUAGAGAGGGUUGAGAGCCUUGGUCAAGGGCCUUUGUUAACAGUGGCAGUUUGGAAAUACUGGGGCUUAAACCCCUGACCCCCUAAUCAGUAACUCACAGCCUUAACCACUACGCUACUACUUCUACUUUACUUAGAUAAGACCUAUAAUAUCCCUUUACGACAAGUGCCAGGUGUCAUACAGUAAUUUUUUCACGCAAAUCCAGUGUGUUAAUCAGUUAAACUGACAUUAUAAUUGUCAAAAGCACUGAACGAGGUGGUAUCAAAAAGUUACGAGACUUGUAACAUGCCAACAGGUGGCAGCACACGGCUGCACGCACAGUCACAGGGAGCACCAACUUUCAUUAAACAUCGUCCUGUGUUUAUCAGGAGCUGUGCAACUGGUGCUAUUAGAAUAAUAGAAGACACACUUUGAAAAAGAAGACUUCCAGGACAUAUUCCAGAGGUGGCAGGAACAUGGGGAGCGCCGUAUUGUUCUGCAAGGGGACUAUUUUGAAGGUGAUAGUGUCUAAACGUAGAUAGAUAAAGUACUUACUUGUAAACAAAGCUAUACUCUAAACUGUUUUUGAUACCACCUCGUGUGUAACCAUUGAAAUAAGUCUGCAUAGAUCUUCUCAAUAAACUUUUUA